AUGAACGACCUCCUCUCCCUCAUAAAGGACCAGGAUGCAACACAAGCCCCGCCGGACUUGGAGGCGCAGAUCUCCACCCCACCCUCCCCCACCAAGGAGGAAGAAGGGGAGGAGAAGAGCAUGGAGGGUUUCUUCAAGGAGGUGGCCGCUAUCAAGGCACGAAGGUCGCUGAUGGGGGAGAUCCGCCGCAACCAGGGCAAGCUGUCCGACGCGCACGAGCAGUCCAAGACCAUCACCCGCUCCGCUGAGAUGCGGGACCUGCGGGAGAAGAUGCAGGCCGAGAUCAACCAGGUGUCGCGCUCGGCGGAGGCCAUCAAGAAGCGACUGGCGGAGCUGGACCGGAACAACGAGGCGGCGCUGAAGAAGGGCGUGUACGCGCCCGGGUCGAGCGCGGAGCGCACGCGCACCGCCAUCACGGGGGCACUGAAGAAGAAGCUCAAGGACCUGAUGGGGGAGUUCCAGGACCUGCGGACACGUGUGAAUGCGGAAUACCGGGAGGUAGUGGAGCGCCGGGUGUACACAGUGACGGGUCAGCAUGCUGACGAGGAAAAGAUCGACCACAUGAUCGACACGGGGGAGUCCGAGACCAUUUUCCAGAAGGCCAUCCUUGAACAGGGCAGGGGCUAUGUCUUGGACACGCUGGCCGAGAUCAGGGAGCGGCGUGAUGCAGUCAUGGAGCUGGAGAUGUCGCUGAUGGAGCUGCACCAGAUUUUCCUGGACAUGGCGGUGCUGGUGGAGGCGCAGGGAGAGCUGCUGGACAACAUCGAGGCGCAGGUGGCGCGGUCGGUGGGAUACGUGCAGGCGGGAACCAACCACCUGCAGGCGGCCAAGCAGCACCAGCGCUCCAAGCGCAAGUGGAUGUGCUGCGGCCUCAUCACCGGCAUCAUCGUCAUCCUCAUCGUCGUGCUGGUGGUCAUCGGCACCACGCGAGGCUUCGGCUCCAGUUGA